UGAUUCCACCUAUGAACCCGAGCGACAAGCGCGGCCAGCAAGGAGGACCAAACCUGUGGAGGAGUCCAGACCCCGGGCUGUGAAUAGAAUGGUCGACACGGUAUUUGCGCAGAAAGAUGGGAAACGGAGAUAUUCAGCGCCAAAAUCUGAGGAGGCACUCUGGAAAGCGCAUGUACCCCGGGUGUUUGCAAAAGAAACCGGUGAUUCCACCUAUGAACCCGAGCAACAAGCGAGGCCAGCAAGGAGGAACAAAACUGUGGAGGAAUCUACACCUCGGGCUGGGAAUAGACCGGUCGGUAAUGUGCUUGCACAGGAAAAGGGGAAAGUGGGAUUUUCAGCAGCAACAUCUGAUGAGCCAUUCCAGGAAGUGCAUGAACCCCGGGUGUUUGCAGAAACGGUCGGUUAUUCCACCUAUGAACGCGAGCGACAAGCGCGGUCGGCAAGGAGGAAUGAGAGUAUGCACUCCCGGUCUAGGCCACCCCGCUCCUCACUUCCACGGUGGCCUACUCCUCGUGAGCGCCAGCCAAUCUCAUUACAAGAUGACAGCGGAGCGCAUGCGCUGAGAAUCUAUGACGAUAUUUCGGAUCGUGGCGAGAUCGAUACUGGUGAGCUUGGAGCGGAGUAUUCGAAACUCGGAGAGGACGCUAUUUUGGAGGCAGCGGUUGUCGUUCAGGCGUCGCCGGCAAAGGAGAUGAAGAUUGUUCCGGCGCCUGGAGAUGAUGUUACGGUUCCUCCGACGCUGGCGCAUGGUCUUGACAGGGUGUUGUUUAGCCCAGGAGUCCAUAUGCUACAGGAUCCACGAACGGGAGUCUACAAUUUCCCCGCCGACCUGAAAAACAUCAUGUCGGUGCACGAUUUCGACUUUGACGCGCUGCCGCAAUACCAGCCUCCCUCGGGGGACUCUGUGCUUGAGAAAGUAGCGGUGAAGUACAAGCGCAGAUACUAUGGCUCGACCUCAAACAUGACUGUUAUUCUGUCGCAGUUCCAUUUCUUUUUGUCGCGCGCACGCCCGCUGCACGUGCCGCAGCUGUCAAAGGCAUUCCAAGUCCAGCCGGAGUUCACCAAGGGCUCGCUCUCGGCCGCGUCCUUUUUUCUGCGCUACAAGCCCAAGACCGGCACCUACGCCCUCGACGUCGACAAGUCCGAGGACGAGGACAUGAUCCUGAUGUGGCUCGGCCGGUCGAUGGAGAAGCAGCUCGUGACAAACAGCACCGAGUACUCGCUCUUCCACCGCGAGAACUCGCACCAGCUGACGCCCGAGAUGCGCGCCGACCGCGAGACGUACCAUUACACCGCGUUCGGCGAGUUUAUGAUGCGGUCGCAGCAGGACGCGAUGGACGCGCGGCUGCCGGGCGAAGGCACGUUUGAUCUCAAGACGCGCGCGGUGGAGGCCGUGCGCUACGAUAUUGAUUAUAUCAACGAGCGCGCGACCUGCGACUACCAGCUGCGGACGCUCAAGGGCGAGCGCGAGUCUUUCGAGCGGGAGUAUUACGACAUGGCGCGGAGCGCGUUUCUAAAGUACCUGCUGCAGGUGCGCAUGGGUCGCAUGGACGGGAUCAUGGUGGCGUAUCAUAACGUCAAGCGGUUGUUUGGGUUCCAGUAUAUUCCGCGCGAGGAGAUGGACGCGAUUAUCCACGGGCCUUCGUAUAGGAACAUUGCGUUGCCGGAGUUCCAGGUCAGCAUUGAGAUGAUGGGCGAUUUGUUUGGUCGCGCGACUGAAAAGUUUCCUGAAACUUCGCUACAUUGCCUGAUGCAUUACGAGGAGCGCGAUCAGGAGUUACAUGUAUUUGUGACUCCGAUGAGCGAGGAAGAGAUCGCAAAGACGCAAAAGAGAGAGGAGAGCCGGAUGUUCAAUGUCAAGAAGAAGGCGCAGAAGAUCGCCGAGGCGAUUCUCAAUUCUGACGAGACGGGUGCGAAAGCGCGGAAGACGACAGAAGGGAAGAAGUGUGCCGAGGACCAGUUCAACAGCACGCUCGACGAUGACAUCAAUUAUACGAUCCCGGAGCUCAAAGAUAAACGCGGGAAUCAGGUAUUCGUGCACUACCGAAUCGAAAUCAACCACAUAAUCAACGGGGAACGGCUUCCACCAUAUACCCCGCCAGUGAUCAAGGACGACGACGACUGGAAGAUCGAGUACCUGAUCUCCGAGAUCCCGGAGCACGGCGACCGCGAGUCGGUGAUUGAGUUUUCGAGAGCGAUGCAAACGCGGAAGUUGGGCCGGGCGGGCUCGCACUCGAGUAUGCUGCGGUCGUUGGGCGAGGCGGGCGCGAGGUACCAGGACCUGCUUGAUGCGCGGGACCACGAGAAGAAUUUCGAGACGUACGCGCCGGAGAGGGGCGAGGUUCUGUAUCAGGAGCGCAUAGAGAAGAUGCGGGAGGAGAUGAGGAAGAGGAUGGAGAGCGGGGAGGAGCCGACGCUGGAGCAGCUGAAGGGGUAUAAGGAGGUUAAUGGGUUUUGGGAAAAGCCCAGUCCGAAGGAAAAGCCCUGGUCGAAGGAAUAGUUGUCUGGUGUAUAUAGAUAAUCACUGCUGUACAUAAUCUACUUCUUGUUAACUUUGAGCAUUGUUGCAUUAUUGUAUUAUUACGUAAGGAAGCGAGUCAGGCGAGUCAUCCCAGACUGCAAAUAAACUACAAUUGAC